AUGCCUGGAAGACUGAGAUCCAAAGACAUUUUUGCUGAUCAUAAAAGAGGAGUCCAGAAUCAGAGGGAACACCUGUCACUUUUCAUAAGAGAUUUUAUUAAAGUCUGUGUUUAUGUGAAAUAAGAGAUUUAUUCUUGAAAUGAAGCAAAAUUCUCUCUAGGCAAAAGAUGUGCUUAUAUGUACAAAGCAAAGCAUGACACAAUGACUCCUGGUGGCAAACAGAGCAAAACCAGAGUACCUGAUGAAAGGCCCCACGUGCCCAUUGAAACAAAUGCCAAAUUCUCAAGCACCCUUUCUGCUAAAGCAGCUGAACACAGAAUUUAUAUGAUGCUAAACCUCUAA